AUGUCGUUUAUCGGAAGUACUGAAACUCCUAAUCAAUAUGAUAAUGAAAUCCCUGUGGUUGACAUGGUCUCAGCUUAUGACUGGGCUUCUACUCCAUUGGGUCCUAUGGAAACCUGGGAUUCUACUCUUAAAUCCACCGUGACCGAUAUUAAAAAUGAAACAUCCUCAAGGUUGGUUCGAAACGUCCCUUCAAUGGGUAAGCCAUUCAAAGAAGUAUGGCCAGAAACCUAUCAUACAAUUGAACCGAUAUUUAAUGAAGUAUUGGCUACACGCAAAGGAAGAUUUGAAAAUGAUAUGCUUUUCAUAACUAGUAGAGAUGGUUACAUUGAAGAGUCGUAUGCUUCAUUCACAUUGAGUCCAAUCUUUAAAGAAGAUGGAUCAAUGGGUGGUAUACUCAACGCAAGUCAAGAGACUACACAGAGAGUUUUGGCAAAUAGGCGACUCAAAGCUCUGACGGAGUUAGGCAAUAAGACUCCAGGAGCGAAAUCAGUUAAGAAUGCAUGUCAUUUAGUAACACGAACAAUACGCAACAAUAAUGCGGAUAUGCCUUAUGCCUUAAUUUAUCUUAUAGAAAAUCAUUCCACAACUUCAGAAACACCCCCAAUUGAUGUACCGAAAGCCCAUUUAGUAGCAACAACAUUCGACGAAGAUUUAGAUCUUCAAAAAGGUGUAGAUGGAAUUGAUGAAAUAAGUUUUGUACAAGAUAAAUCAAGGCGUGUUUUACCGGAAUUUUUGUUGGAUACCGAAGAAAUAGUUGACUUGACAAAUGUUUCUGAUGAGAUUGAUGAAUUAAUAAAAAGUGAUGGCAAUAAAAUAAGAUCUACUAUAUGCGUUAAACCGGGCAAAUCAAAUUCUUUAUCUUCUGAUUUGGAUAAUGAUCCAAAGUUUUGUACGCUGUUCGAAACGGGAGAAAAAAUUAUCACUAGUUCAGAUUUCUCUUCAAGUUGGCCUUUACAAUAUGUUGCAAGAACAAAUUUACAUAUCACCGUGACAUUGAAAGAUUAUACGCAUGCUGUGUUAUUUCCGGUAAAAGAUACAUCAGGCACUUUAAAGGCAAUCAUUAUUAUUGGAAUUAAUAAACAGAGAGCACUUGAUAAAGAAUAUAUGGAAUACUUGCACCUCGUAGUAGGUCAAGUAAGUGUAAGCCUGUCUCAUGGUAGAUUUAGAGAAGAGGAACGUAAACAAGCUGAAAUUCCUGCAAAUCUGAAUGAUCAAAAAAUCAUGUUCUUUCAAAACAUAUCCCACGAAUUACGUACACCGCUUACCCUCAUGUUAUCUCCACUCGAAGAAGUGUUGGCAGAGUGUCCUCGUGAUUUACCCAUGUAUUCGCAUUUAUGCAUGAUACAACGAAAUACGAGACGGCUUCUCAGAUUAGUUAAUACGUUGCUACAGUUUUCACGUAUUGAAACUGAUAAAAUAGAAGCAAAUUAUCAUGAAGUUAAAAUUGGACAAUUAACCUCGGAAUUAGCGGCCAAUUUUGAAAGUAUGGCUAAAUUAUUUAAAUUGGAGUAUCGAGUGGAUAUACCUGAUAAUUUUGAUAGUUCGAAUGCUUUCAAACACACGUGGACUGGUGGUGUCACUGUAAGCUUAUAUGCUGAUAGAAAAGAAUAUAAAGAAAUUAUCGUACUGGAAGUUUCUGAUACAGGGAUAGGAAUUUCUAAAGAAGAAAUACCAAACCUAUUCCGAAGAUUUUAUCGAGUAGAAUCACGUCAGUCUCGUUGUCACGAAGGAACCGGUAUAGGAUUAGCAUUGGUAAAAGAACUUGCAUCGCUUCAUGGGGGCGACAUCACGUGCACGUCGGUUUUAGAUCGAGGUACAACAUUCAAGAUAUGUUUUCCCACCGGACAUGAGCAUUUACCUUCGAAUAGAAUUUUCUCCCGAGAUGACAUUAAUAGAGGAAAGGGAUUAUUAACUUUGGAUCGAAAUAGUAUAUUGUUUGACAAUAAACAAUUAUAUCUUGAUGAAAAUUCUGAUGAUGGUGAGAUUGGAGAUAAUUAUAGCGAGGAAUAUAAGGAAUUGAUCUUGGAGAGUAAAGGAAAAGAGUUUCAUGUCAUUGAAGAUCCUAUCCCUUUAAUUAACUCAAAGCAUGUGGUAUUGUUGGUCGAUGAUAAUGCUGACAUGAGAAACUAUCUUACUGGAUUGUUGCAAAAAGAAUUUAUCGUUUAUAGUGCAUUCGAUGGACGUGACGCUCUGAAAUUACUAAAGAAAUUAAAAUGUCCACCUGACUUAAUUCUAAGUGGUAUGAGAAAUUUAAAAUCAAUUGUUUUCGUGUAA